UUUGCUCACUUCUCCCAGUACAAAGAACCCAUCUUUCUCUCUUCUAAUUCUCUCUCACGUUCCAAACCCUAAUCCUGCAACUAUCAAUCACCCAAUGGCUACUCACUUUACAACUUCUUCUUCUUUGUUUCAAUCAAUGGCUACUUUGCAAUCCACCUUUUUGGCCAAGCCCCAAAUCUCCAAGCUCUCAUCUGACUCCUCUAGUUUCAUGAACCCAUGCAAGAAUCUGAGACCCAUUUCGAUUGAGAUUAUUAGACCCAGAAGCAAGGACCAUGGUGUGAAGAUGUCAUGGGACGGUCCACUCUCUUCAGUCAAGCUGAUCAUACAGGGGAAGCAUUUGGAGUUGACAGAACCAGUCAAGAAGUAUGUUGAAGACAAAGUUGGAAAGGCAAUUCUAAAGCAUAGCCACCUGGUGAGGGAAGCUGACAUUCGCUUGUCUGUUCGUGGUGGAGACCUAGGAAAAGGCCCAAAAAUUAGGAGAUGUGAGGUCACUUUGUUCACAAAAAAGCAUGGAGUGUUCCGGGCCGAGGAAGAAGGUGAGACACUUAUUGCUAGCAUAGAUAUGGCAUCGUCUAUCAUCCAGAGGAAAUUGAGGAAAAUCAAGGAGAAGGAAUCUGACCACGGUCGUCACAUGAAAGGCUUUAACAGAUUGAAAGUGAGGGAGGCUCAAUUACCUAUGGAAGUGGAAGAAGAGCCCCAGGAUGAGGAGGACGACCUGCUGGAUGAGGUUGUUCGUACAAAAUACUUCGACAUGCCACCUUUGACAGUUGCUGAAGCAGUUGAUCAACUGGAAAACCUUGAUCACGACUUCUAUGCUUUCAGAAAUGAAGAAACUAGUGAGAUUAACAUCCUAUACAGAAGAAAGGAAGGAGGUUAUGGGGUUAUUAUACCCAAAAGAAGUGGGAAAGCUAACAAAGUGGAGAAUGUGGUGGUAGAGCUAGCUAGAGAACAUUCCGUGGCAGAAUAAGUAGGUCUAGCAAAGCUUGUGUAUAGUUAAGUUUCCCAAUGAUCUGUAGGAUUUCUAAAAGCAACAGUGAUUUGAAUGCUGAGGCCUCCUGAAGAGGCAUAGUUUUGUGCU